AGCCACUUCCUGUCAGCCAGUACUUCCUGUGUCCGCUCACUAGCACUACAAGACCCCUGCACUCGCUCAGGUACUCACACAUCAUCCAAAGCUCUCUCUCUCUCUCUCUACCAUUGGAUCAAUCUCACAACACAGUACAAGCUCUAAACAUGGCUCAAGCUGAUAUUGCACUCAUUGGACUGGCUGUCAUGGGCCAAAACCUCAUCCUGAAUAUGAAUGACCAUGGCUUUGUGGUCUGUGCUUACAAUCGUACCGUUGCAAAGGUGGAGCGUUUCCUAGCCAACGAGGCUAAAGGUACCAAGGUGAUUGGAGGCACCAGUCUAGAGGACAUGGUCUCUAAACUGAAGAAGCCACGACGCGUGAUGAUGCUGGUCAAGGCUGGCAAGGCUGUAGAUGACUUCAUUGAUCUCCUCGUCCCUCUGCUAGAAGCUGGUGACAUCAUCAUUGAUGGAGGCAACUCAGAGUACACUGACUCCAACCGUCGGUGUGAGUCUCUGAGGGCUAAGGGACUUCUGUUUGUGGGUAGUGGAGUGAGUGGAGGAGAGGACGGUGCUCGUUAUGGCCCCUCCCUCAUGCCAGGAGGAGCCCCUGAGGCAUGGCCAGCAAUUAAGCCCAUCUUCCAGGGUAUAGCUGCCAAGAUAGGAAAGGAGCCAUGCUGUGAUUGGGUUGGGGAGAAUGGAGCUGGUCAUUACGUCAAGAUGGUCCACAAUGGCAUAGAGUAUGGAGACAUGCAGUUGAUCUGUGAGGCUUAUGACUUAAUGAAGAAUGCUCUGGGCAUGAACCACGAUGAGAUGGCCUCCGUGUUCACUGAGUGGAAUAAGGGAGAGUUGGACUCAUUCCUCAUAGAGAUCACUAAAGACAUCCUAGCCUUCAAGGAUACUGAUGGCAGUCCACUCGUUGAGAAGAUACGCGAUGCUGCUGGUCAGAAAGGCACUGGCAAAUGGACCGCCAUAUCAGCACUCGACAAGGGCAUGCCCGUCACCCUCAUUGGUGAGAGUGUGUUUGCUCGCUGCCUCUCUUCUCUCAAGGACGAGCGUGUGGAAGCAUCCAAGCAAUUGCCGGGUCCAAAGGUCACUCGCUGGGAAGGGAACAGGGCCGAGCUGGUGGAGCAUAUUAGAAAGGCUCUGUAUGCCUCUAAGAUCAUCUCUUAUGCUCAAGGCUUCAUGCUCCUCAAGCAAGCAGCCAAGGAUUAUGGCUGGAACCUCAACUAUGGUGGCAUUGCUCUGAUGUGGCGUGGAGGUUGCAUCAUUCGCAGCCGUUUCCUAGGUAACAUCAAGGAGGCCUUUGAUAAGAACCCUAAACUAACUAACCUUCUUAUGGAUGACUUCUUCAAGAAGGCCAUUCUCGACUGUCAGGAGUCGUGGAGGAAGGUUGUGGCUGCUGCUGUCACACUGGGUGUGCCUACUCCUUGCUUCAGCACUGCUCUAGCCUUCUUUGAUGGUUACAGGAGCGAGCGUGUCCCUGCCAACCUGAUCCAAGCCCAGCGUGACUACUUUGGUGCCCACACCUAUGAGCUGCUCACUGAACCUGGCAAGUUUAUCCACACCAACUGGACUGGUCACGGUGGGAAUGUAUCAUCUUCCUCCUACAACGCCUAGACUGUCCUAUCAAACUGAACACUAACUGUUUUUAGCGAUUGAAAUGUUAUAGGAUUGUACUUGUUAUAUAGAUGAGCACUGUUAUUGUCAAUUAUCAAUUUAGGCUGCAUUGAAUUCAAAGUGUUAAAUACGCAAA